CUUCAAUAACCCAAGAAUACUGGGCAUAUAGCGAGCAUUGGCUGCGUUCAACACAUUACAGACAAGGAAAAAUGGACACCCAAUGUCUAAUACUUCCUGACGAGGGUCAAAUGCGGAAGUCGGGGAAUAAUGUACUCCGGUAUUGAAUGCUGAUUGAGUUGAUGAGGAAACAUAUCAUGUCUUUUAGGAACUUGUUAACUGCAAAUUAUGGACGCCUCGCUUAUACCAGGUCUUUUUUGACGAUCAUAAUUAGCCUGACUGGCUCUUUGCUGGAGCGUGGGGGCCAUAAAUAUCACUUUGCGCUGGGGGCGGUCAUCCUUCGCGACGGCUCGGCACAACGCUUUUUACUCGUCUGCUACACGGCAACACUAUAUUGAGAUGUCUUCAAUCUGCAGGAAUGUCUAGUAUAGCCAGUCAGUGGUUAGUUGAGUGUGCCGUUCCCCAACAAAGCACGGCAGCCGCUCCUUCGCCAAGGCAAUAAGUGUGCGUUUGAUAACAAAGGCACAUCGCAGUCACAGAAGGGUGCAACGUUGUGAUUAUCAAUCUAUUACUAAACGAUGGCGCCUCGGCAGGUAUGAUCGGUCGAUCUGGAAUGACCGCGCUGUAGUUUGCCAUCUACUGACAUGAUGUGAUCCGAAUUCCGGCGAUGAAGAAGGACGGACGGCAUUACAUUAUGCCGUUCGGUCUAGCAGAGCCAGCCUGGACUUUAUACAGCUGGUAGUUAAGGCAGGUGCGGAUCUGCUCAAAGAGGAUCAUAGUUCAAAAACACCAUUGCACAACGCGUCUCAGGGUAGAGGACGAGAGGUGGCCAGUUUUCUGGUUGAGCAAGCAUCAGAUUACGCCAAUCGCUACCAGGAAC